AUGCAGCAACGAAAGAUACUGCUCCGAGCUGCCCAGAUACUGAAGGCAGCCAUGUUGGCAUACAGAGAGACUGUAUACGACGUGGAUCUAACUAAAAUCGAAUAUCGCGACGGGGUCCUCUAUCUCCAUCAAAAUCAAAGAUCGGUUUCGUCCCAAUCCAAACGUGGUCCUUUCCCUUACCACAUCACUGACAACCUCGAGCACAAGGAAGCAGCUCUCGUUAAAAGUCAAUCUACAGCAGCCAUAGCGCUCUUAGGUCCCUUAACCAGAAAACUACUUAGAGGUGUUCCCUUGAAAAUUGAGACUAUGGUCAUCAAUAUCGGAAGACCACGGGUUCCAACCAGGCUUGUUCCCGGUCCUGACGUACACGGCGGUCCACACGCGGUAUUGAAGAUAGGGCGAAUCGAGAACAACGAAACAUGGAUUAUCAAUACGACAGGUUGUCAAUAUGGAUUCCGAGACGUGCUUGUUCCAUUUGUCAAGUACUUUCAUGACAACGAAUGCCGGAUUUUGAGUGGACCUCGGAUUUACGACACAUGCGAGACAGAUGACUUGGACUACUUGUCAACUCUUCAUGUCUUUAACAAAACAAAAGUGCAACGACAGGAUAUGCGACUAGAACGACUAACCCGUCACCAUUUCGCUGUCUUCAUUUAUAUGAGUGUGCAUGAUGACUUCCUUGUGGGCUCUGGCGCCGAUUACAAGAGAAAGUUCGAUCGCUUCGUCAAUGGGCUCAAAACUCACAUGGUUGAUUCUAUAAGGAAGGCAGGUGGCGAUUUCGAAGAUUCUGAAGAUGAUUGA